AGUGAAAAACGAAAUAAAACCGUUUGCAAAGUGAAUUUCGACUAGUAUACAUUUUUGUAGUAAAAUCGCAAAAUAUUAAGAAAAAUUGCUAUGUAAUUAAAUUACUUUCACUAUGUUACGUUUAUUUUAUCGUACUUUGAGAAAAUAUUUAUAAUCUUAUCGCUUCGUUGUAAAUAUGUAACAUUGAAUUGUUUAUGAAUGUUGCUUCAGUUUAUAACGAUGUACAUUAACCAGUGGACGAUCAACUUCAUUACGACGUGUCAGUAGUUAACAAAAUGGUCUUGCAAUACGUUAACAUUAUAUUUUAAUCAGAUAAUAUCAAUGCUAUUCAACAUAGUAAAAAAAAAUAUUUAGAUAUACUUUUUCGAUACAUUUUUGAAAUUUAUUAUCAUUUUACUAUAGAAAUAGGAACGAAUAAUAUAUUAUAUAAAAAAAUGUCUAAAAAGAUAUAACAUAGCGAUGCAAUAUUGAAAAUCUUAUUUUAUUGAGACAAAAUGUCAGAUAACAAUUUACCACAUAUUUCAUACGGACUCGAUUCACCUGGUAGAAUAGUACGCAUAGAAUCUAGUAUCACAAGGCCUGCUAUCGGUCGUCUUCCAAGUAUAGAAGAAACAUUGAGAAGACUUAGCACAAAUCUAAGAUCAGAAAGACAAAUUAACGAAUCAAAUAGCGGUGAUAUAUCUGAUGUUCAACCUCCAGCAAUUGUAUCAGAUGAGGAACCAUUACCUAUCGUAUUAUCAGAAUCUAUAAACAAAGCACAACCAAAUGAUGCAAUCGAUGGGGCAUCUUCUCUAAAUCAACCAGAUGUUAAUGCACCAGUAAUAAAUACAGAAGAUGAUAAAAGAUAUUGUUGGGUAUGUUUUGCAACGGAUGAAGAUGAUGCAACUGCUUCAUGGGUAAAACCAUGUCAUUGUCGUGGUACAACAAAAUGGGUCCAUCAAGGAUGUAUUCAAAGAUGGGUCGAUGAAAAACAAAAAGGACGCGCAGGUGCACAUGUAGCAUGUCCACAGUGUAAUACCGAAUAUAUUAUCGUAUAUCCAAAUAUGGGACCGUUAGUAGUCGUAUUGGAUACUAUUGAUGGAGUAAUUUUCCGGAUUUGUCCAUUUAUCGCAGCUAGUAUACUUGCCGCAUCUAUAUAUUGGACUGCUGUAACAUAUGGUGCAGUAACUGUAAUGCAAGUAGUCGGUCAUAAAGAUGGUUUAGCUAUGAUGGAACAAGCUGAUCCUUUGGUAUUACUAGUUGGUCUGCCAACUAUUCCAAUAAUAUUAAUUUUGGGAAAAAUGCUAAGAUGGGAAGAUCUUGCACUUAGUCUCUUAAGAAGACACGCAUGUAAGGUUCCUAUUUUGAGGCAUUUCUUGCCCAGUAGUUAUUCCAGCGACGAUAGAGCACAAUCCGAAGAUGUACCACCUAUGAGCGAUCCAAUAUCAGCAACUCGUAUUCUUUGUGGUGCACUCCUAUUACCUAGUAUCGCUAGCAUAUGUGGAAAAAUAUUUUUUGAAAGUAUACAUUCUAACUUUCAAAGAACAUUAUUCGGAGGUAUAGCAUUUAUAGUAAUAAAAGGUGCAUUCAAGAUUUAUCAUAAACAACAACAAUACGUAAGACAAUGUCAACGUCGUAUAAUGGAUUAUACAGAAAAUAAUGUUGCAUUAUAUAGAAGACAACAAAAUUCUGAAACCAAUCAGACAAGUUAAAUUAAAACAUUCAAAAUAUUCUUAAGGAAUAUCCUAAUAAUAAAACAAUAUAUUUCAGUUUAGAAAAAC